CUUCCUCACCAUCACCACUGAUCUGGGCAUAUUCUCGAUUUGAGCCAUUACUGUUUCUUCAAUUGAGUCAAUAUGUCCCUACAGGUGCCACACCGAGCCAAGCCCAAUGGUAGCGAUCCUCACGGCGCAACCAAGGCUGUCAUCCUAGUGGGUGGCGCAUCCCGUGGCACUCGAUUCCGGCCUCUUUCUCUCGAUGUUCCCAAGCCCCUUUUCGAUGUUGCCGGCCACCCAAUCAUCUACCACUGCCUGACCGCCGUCUCCAAAGUUCCAUCUGUCCACGAGGUCUACCUCAUCGGCUACUACGACGAGUCCGUCUUCCGCGACUUCAUCAAGGAUGCCUCGUCCGCCUUCCCCAACCUAUCCAUCAAAUACCUGCGCGAGUACCAGGCCCUCGGCACCGCUGGCGGCCUUUACCACUUCCGCGAUGCUAUUCUCAAGGGCAAGCCUGAGCGCCUAUUCGUUCUCAAUUCGGACGUCUGCUGCUCUUUCCCUCUGAACGAGAUGCUACACCUAUUUAACGAGAAGUAUGCCGAGGCCGUCAUCUUGGGCACGCGAGUCGGCGAUGACGCAGCCACCAACUUCGGAUGCAUUGUCAGCGACAGCCAUACCAAGAGAGUACUGCACUAUGUGGAGAAGCCUGAGGGCCAUCUCAGCAACCUCAUCAACUGUGGCGUCUACUUGUUUAGCACCGAUGUCAUCUUCCCUUCCAUCAAGAGCGCCAUCAAGCGCCGUGCCGACCGUCCACGCCUCUCCAGCUACCGCAGCACCGAGAACCUCGAGAGCUCCUACGUGUUUGACCAGGAGGACGAUGACGACGACGAGAGCAAGAACCAGAUCAUCCGCCUUGAGCAGGAUAUCUUGAGCGACAUGGCCGACAGCAAGCAGUUCUUCGUAUACGAGACCAAAGACUUCUGGCGCCAGAUCAAGACAGCAGGGUCAGCCGUCCCGGCCAAUGCACUGUAUCUACAACAGGCUUGGCAGAACGGCUCUGAGGAACUCGCCACACCUUCCGCCAACAUCAUCCCUCCCGUCUUCAUCCACCCUUCUGCCCAGGUUGAUCCCACUGCCAAGUUAGGUCCCAACGUGUCCAUCGGACCGCGUGCCACGAUCGGCCGCGGUGCGCGCGUGAAGGAGUCUAUUGUCCUGGAGGACGCUGAGAUCAAGCAUGACGCUCUGGUGAUGUACUCGAUUGUGGGCUGGAACAGCCGCGUCGGCGCCUGGGCCCGUGUGGAAGGUACCCCUACUCCGGUGACCAGUCACUCCACGAGCAUUGUCAAGAAUGGCCUUAAGGUGCAGGCUAUCACGAUCCUGGGCAAGGAGUGCGGUGUCCAUGACGAGGUGCGCGUGCAGAAUUGCGUCUGCCUGCCCUAUAAAGAGCUGAAGAGGGAUGUUACAAGUGAGGUCAUCAUGUAAAGGAGUGCUUGGGUUGAGUGACUUUCGAAUAAUGACGGGAUAUUUCUUGUGGGCUCCCGGGAACUCAUCACGCCGUUCACGCCUCGACGAUCGCACCGCGUCUUUGCUUUGGAUGAUGGUUGUGGGCAAGGGCAAGGAGUUCAGCACGCAGCGUUUGGUAAAAGACAAGAUGUAAAAGUUCAAAAUUUCAAGGUGCUCGCCACG